ACGAAAUUACUGGUGUGUGUGCGUAAAUUUUUCUCAAAAUUUUGUAACGGUUUAUUACAACUCUUACGUUUUGGUAAGUUUAACAUAGCGCGUACUGGAAAAGUUCACCUACAUCUAGCUUGCGUAUUUAUUAUAGUGUUUACCAUCAUGGAUCGAAGGAAAAGAUAUACUUCUUCCACUUAUCGUCAGAGUAAAAAGAAAAAAAUGCAAAGAAUGCGGAACACCAAAUUGGACAGAACGAAAGACGUCCCCAUGCCAUUACCUUCUUUUUCCCAAACAUUAGAAGUUUCAUCGACUGCUUAUGCAUUUCCGUCAACUUCACAAAUUACGGUCGAACAAGAAGACGAAAAUAUCGAGGAAAACAUAGCAUUCGAACCGGAAAAUAAUAGUCCCGAUAAUAUUGCUGAUAUGCCAGGAUUACAAGAAAACAUUGUAGGAAGGAGAGUAAUUAACAUAGCCCAUUUUUUUAGACAAAUUCUGACAAACGAAUUACAUCAACCAUUCAAUUGCUCACUAGUGAACAUGGAAAUUAUGCAAGAAAGACGAAAUGGACUUAAAAGUGAGUUUGUAUUAAAGUGUAAAAUGUGCGGUGUAAUACAAACAAUUAGUUCAGAAAAUUGUACUGAUGAUUCCUUACUAGAUAUAAACACUAGUGCCGUUUUAAGUGCUAUAUCAACCGGAAUAGGGCAUUCUAAUUUGGAAGAAAUUCAUGCUGCGAUGGCGAUUCCGUCAAUAUCCAAUCGACUGUACUCACAACACCACAGUUUGUUGGCCGAGACUAUCCACAAGUCUGCUUGGAUGGAAAUGGAAAUAGCUGGAAAAGAGGAAAAAAGAAUGGCCGAAGAAGUUGGCGAAGUCGAUGAAAAUGGUAUACCAUUAGUAUCGGUCAUCGCGGAUGGGGCUUGGUGUAAAAGAUCUUAUGGAACGAAUUACGCUGCAAAUUCCGGUGUUGGGUGUAUUAUAGGUAGCAGUACAAUGCCGUAG